GAAGGGGACCUGCUCUCUCUUCUUUCAUCAACCAUUCCUUCAGCCAAUCGGAACGGCGUUCUUAUUCUCCAGUCUCGUGCCUCUACAAUUGCGAUCUUGUGUCCCCACUUUCUAGCGUCUCAUUUCGCAUUCGGUAUACCUAGUUCGUCAGGUGCAGCGCAGAUACUUUCCAUACAUGCAAGUACGAGUACUUUAAGGUCAGUUUGUUGAAGGCCCUACGGUAGUUGCCGUCAAUGAGGGAUCGGAAGCCAUGAUCCGCAAUGCAUAGCCACUUCGCUCUCCUCCCCCCCCCCCCACACCACCAACCCCUCAUCACGAUCCCCAUUUAGUAACGAGCGAUCCCUUCUUUUUAGUUUUAAAAGCGAAUCCCCAUACCCUCAUACAUUUUUCAUCUUGAACCAUCAAUCAUUAUGGUACUAUCUGCUCCUCUGCGUUCAGUUCCGUCACUGUUGAGACAUCAAUUCCUCCGCCCAUCGUUGUUGUCCGCGAGGAAGCCGGUGUUUGGUGCUGUUUCCGGUGCCAGAACGCUAACCGCUACUUUUUCCCCUCAGGUUAAGGUUCUUGCUGUUCUUUACGAUGUGAGCGGACCCCCCCGUUUAUUCGUUUGGCUAUGCUACCGGGGUGAAUUGAACUGAUUGGGUGGUUAUGCAGGGCGGACAACACGCUCGUGAUGUCCCUGAGUUGCUCGGAACUACCGAAAAUGAGCUUGGGCUGAGGAAGUGGCUUGAGAAUAAAGGGCACGAGCUUAUUACUACUUCUGAUAAGGAGGGUGCGAGCUCGACUUUUGACAAACAUUUGGUUGACGCUGAGAUAAUUAUUACUACUCCGUAGGCGUUCCCCGGAAUCGCUGUUAGUGGGAUUGGAGACUAAUAGGUCUCAGGUUUCACCCCGGAUACCUUACCGCUGAGCGUUUAGCAAAGGCAAAGAACUUGAAACUGGCCGUCACCGCAGGAAUCGGAUCUGACCACGUUGAUUUGGAUGUCGCCAACAAGACCAACGGUGGUAUUACAGUCGCCGAGGUUACUGGCUCGAAUGUAGUCUCUGUUGCUGAGCGUAAGGUUUCACCUCUGGCUAAGUGUCUGUUCGAUAGCUUACAUGGUUUCAUGCAGACGUCGUUAUGACCAUCCUCGCCCUCGUCCGCAACCUCAUCCCCGCCCACGAGCAAGUCGCUUCCGGGGAAUGGAACGUUGCUGCCGUCGCCAAGGAGGAGUACGACCUUGAGAAUAAAGUCGUUGGAACUGUCGCAGUUGGAAGAAUCGGUGAGCGUGUCCUUAGGCGUUUGAAACCGUUCGAUUGCAAGGAACUCUUGUACUUUGAUUACCAGGUUUACUUCCCCUCCUUGGCCUCCCUCAGUUCUUUGCCCCGCUAAAUUAUCCCUGGUAGCCCCUGAAACCCGAAGUUGAGAAGGAAAUUGGCUGCCGCCGCGUCCAUAAUCUCGAGGAAAUGCUAGCCCAGUGUGACGUCGUGACCAUCAACUGCCCACUGCACGAGAAGACACGUGGGCUCUUUAAUAAGGAGCUGAUCGGCAAGAUGAAGAAGGGAUCAUGGCUCGUCAAUACCGCUCGUGGCGCGAUCGUCGUGAAGGAGGAUGUUGCGGAAGCUCUCAAGUCCGGCCACCUCCGUGGAUAUGGAGGAGACGUCUGGUUCCCGCAACCAGCGCCCAAGGACCACCCCUUGCGCUACGCAAAGAACCCAUUUGGCGGUGGAAACGCGAUGGUACCGCAUAUGAGCGGCACCUCGAUUGACGCGCAGAAGAGGUACGCUGCCGGAACCAAGGCGAUCCUCGAGAGCUACUUCUCUGGCAGACACGAUUACCGUCCUGAGGACUUGAUUGUUAUCGGUGGUGACUAUGCUACCAAGGCCUAUGGCGAGAGGAAUAAGAAAUAGGGGGGUUCUGUCGAUUUUAUGUGCGACCCUAGCUCAUCUCACGCCUGUCCCCUGUUGCUCUGGAGCGGUUGGGUGGUUUGUAUAUAGCUUUUCUGGGGAUUAACUUUUUUUUUUCUUUUUCUGUGCUGGUUUCAAUUUUCGACGACGGAUAUCAAAUCAUGACUGAUCACUCG